GGCUGCCCUCAGCCUUGGUUCUGUUGUCAAAUUGAUACUGUGAGGAAGUUUUUUCCCUUCUGUCUAAUCUGCCCUCAUGUGGCGACAGACAAGGUUGCAGGAAAGCUGAGUUCUACUCUCUCAUGGGUGAAGAACACUGUAUCACACACUGUCAGUCAAAUGGCCAGUCAGGUGGCAAGUCCAUCUGCCUCCUUACACACUACAUCCUCCUCUACCACUCUUUCUACUCCAGCACUAUCGCCAUCCUCACCAACACGGUUGAGUCCAGAUGACUUGGAAUUAUUGGCUAAACUAGAAGAACAGAACAGACUGUUGGAGACAGACAGCAAAUCCUUGCGUUCAGUAAAUGGAUCAAGAAGAAACAGUGGUUCCUCCCUUGUAUCUAGUUCAUCCGCUUCGAGCAACCUCAGCCAUCUGGAAGAAGAUUCCUGGAUGAUUUGGGGAAGAAUUGUAAAUGAAUGGGAAGAUGUACGCAAAAAGAAAGAAAAGCAAAUUAAGGAACUUGUUCGAAAAGGGAUACCUCAUCACUUUAGAGCAAUAGUUUGGCAGCUUUUAUGCACUGCUCAAAGCAUGCCAAUAAAGGAUCAAUAUUCAGAGCUUUUGAAAAUGACAUCUCCUUGUGAAAAACUGAUAAGAAGGGACAUUGCUAGAACAUAUCCUGAACAUGAUUUUUUUAAAGAAAAAGACAGUCUUGGACAGGAGGUUUUAUUUAAUGUUAUGAAGGCUUAUUCUUUAGUGGAUCGUGAGGUUGGAUACUGUCAAGGAAGUGCUUUUAUAGUUGGGCUGCUGCUUAUGCAGAUGCCAGAAGAAGAAGCAUUUUGUGUGUUUGUCAAAUUAAUGCAAGAUUACAGACUUAGAGAACUCUUUAAACCGAGUAUGGCUGAGCUGGGCCUUUGUAUGUACCAGUUUGAAUGCAUGAUACAGGAACAACUACCAGAGCUUUAUGUGCAUUUUCAGUCUCAGAGUUUCCAUACUUCUAUGUAUGCUUCAUCAUGGUUUUUAACUAUCUUUCUUACAACUUUUCCACUACCAAUUGCAACAAGAAUAUUUGAUAUCUUUAUGUCUGAGGGUUUAGAAAUAGUAUUUCGUGUAGGUUUAGCUGUUCUUCAGAUGAACCAAGCAGAAUUAAUGCAACUUGACAUGGAAGGGAUGUUACAGCACUUUCAAAAGGUCAUUCCACAUCAGUUUGUCAGUGGCCCAGACAAACUAAUCCAAGCAUCUUACCAAGUCAAAUACAAUGCAAAAAAGAUGAAAAAGUUAGAAAAGGAAUACACUACAAUAAAAACUAAAGAAAUGGAAGAACAAGUUGAAAUUAAAAGAUUACGGACAGAAAACAGGCUCUUAAAGCAGCGCAUUGAAACACUAGAAAAAGAAAGUGCUUCCUUGGCAGAUAGAUUGAUACAGGGACAAGUGACAAGGGCCCAGGAGGCUGAGGAAAACUACCUCAUAAAACGGGAGCUAGCCACCAUCAAACAGCAGAGUGAUGAGGCCAUUACUAAACUGGAGCAAGCUGAGAAUACCAUCAGGGAGCUCCAGCAGCAACAACAAUGGCAUAAGUGCAGUUCCCGUUACAGCGAAGACUUUGUGCUACAGCUGGAAAAAGAGUUGGUCCAAGCCAGACUAAGUGAAGCGGAAUCCCAUUGUGCUCUGAAGGAGAUGCAAGAUAAGGUUCUAGAGAUGGAAAAGAGGAACAGUUCUUUACCUGAUGAGAAUAAUGUUGCUAGACUCCAAGAAGAACUCAUUGCAAUGAAGUUGAGAGAAGCAGAAGCUUUGAUGGGCCUAAAAGAACUUAGACAGCAAGUCAGGGAUUUGGAAGAACACUGGCAGCGUCAUCUAACUCGCACUACUGGAAGAUGGAAAGAUCCACCCAGAAAGAAUACUGUGAAUGAACUGCAAGAUGAAUUGAUGACAAUUCGAUUGAAAGAAGCAGAAAGUCAGGCAGAUCUGAAAGAGAUGAAGCAAAGAAUGAUAGAGAUGGAAACACAGAACCAAAUCAACAGCAACCAUUUACAAAGGGCGGAGCAAGAGGUCAUCAAUCUAAAAGGAAAGGUGCAAUAUCUUUCUGCGCAGAACAAAGGACUUCUUGCUCAGCUGAGUGAAGCAAAACGUAAACAAGCAGAGACUGAGUGCAAGAGCAAGGAAGAAGUGAUGGCAGUCAGACUCCGUGAAGCAGACAGCAUAGCAGCUGUGGCAGAACUCCAGCAGCACAUCGCUGAACUAGAAAUCCAGAAAGAAGAAGGAAAAAUUCAAGGUCAGCUUAAUAACUCUGACUCUAACCAGUAUAUUAGAGAACUGAAAGAUCAGAUAGCAGAGCUGAAUCAUGAGUCAGCUUCAGAUCAGGUGCCUAAAAGGACAGAAAGGCUUCUCAGGCCAACCCACUUUUGAUGGCAUUCACAUUGUCAACCAUUUGAUAGGAGAUGAUGAGUCAUUUCAUUCUUCUGAUGAAGAUUUUAUAAAUCACUCCAUACAGGAGGGUGGGAUCCAUUUUCAUUUACCUAGGACUGGACAGAUGACUUUGGACCCAACUGUGGUAGAUAGCAGUGAAAGUGAUACUGAAGAAGGUGGCCUGGAUACUGGGGAUUCAGACAAGAUUAUUCCAAAGCGAAAGAAUCAGCAAAGAAUGGACUCCUAUUCUACUACUGUGUGAUCGUCACUGUGACUAGCAUCUAAAACUUUAGAUUUUUUUUUAAGGGUUAGGUUGUCAAAUGACUAAAGAUGCCCACCUCUUGGAAUAGUGGCUUGUCUGAUACAUUUUAUAUAUAAUAUAUGUAUAUAUGUAUGUAUACACACACAA